AUAGUGAAUCAAGUGAUCCCAGAAGCAGCAGUCUCUUCUUCUUUUCUAUCCAGAAAUUUGAUUUUCUCAAGCUCUUCAUUUCUGAUAACAGCCAGCAAUCAAUCGAAACCCAUUUUUCUUCCUUUACAAAAUUAUGGCUGCAACAUCCCAGUUAGUUUCAGGAUUGACCUUGCCAUUGCCACCACCGCAUCCUUCCACGUCGUCUUCUUCCUCCUCCAACCACAACAGCAGCAGCACACUCUCUAUGGUUAAGCGACCACAACUCACGACUUCGUUUUUCAAUGGCGGAGUUGAAGCUCUAAAAGUUAGGAUAAGGACUAAUCAUUCCAGUAGGCCCCAUUGUUAUAGACGAGGUGGAGGUGCUCUUGGGACUCGUAUGAACCUUUUUGAUCGAUUUGCUAGAGUUGUCAAGUCAUAUGCAAAUGCAGUCUUGAGUAGUUUUGAAGACCCAGAGAAAAUUCUAGAUCAGACAGUGCUUGAAAUGAAUGAUGACUUAACAAAGAUGCGACAGGCCACGGCACAAGUAUUGGCAUCUCAAAAACGUUUGGAGAAUAAAUACAAAGCUGCAGAGCAAGCUUCUGAGGAUUGGUACCGGAAAGCUCAGCUUGCUCUUCAGAAAGGAGAGGAAGAUCUUGCACGUGAAGCACUUAAAAGACGUAAAUCUUAUGCUGAUAAUGCUAAUUCCUUGAAAGCUCAACUGGAUCAACAGAAAAGUGUUGUUGAGAACCUUGUCUCUAAUACUCGGCUUUUGGAGAGCAAGAUACAGGAGGCAAAGUCUAAGAAAGAUACACUGAAAGCUCGUGCUCAGUCUGCAAAAACUCAAACCAAAGUGAAUGAAAUGCUGGGGAAUGUCAAUACAAGUAAUGCUCUUUCAGCUUUCGAAAAAAUGGAAGAGAAAGUAAUGGCAAUGGAAUCAGAAGCAGAAGCCCUUGGCCAGUUAGCCACAAAUGAGCUGGAUGGAAAGUUUGCACUACUUGAGAGCUCAUCAGUUGAUGACGAUCUUGAGAACCUGAAGAAGGAACUCUCUGGCAGCAAAAAGAGAGGAGAACUGCUGCCUGGGAGAACAAUUGUCGCCAGCUCAAUUCGAGAUCCUGAUAUUGAGAUGGAGCUCAAUGAAUUGAGACAAAAGAGAAAAGAAUUCUAAAAGUACAAUUCCCAUAGAUGUAAAAAAACUAUAAUCCGUACUUCCAAGUACAAAUUUGGAAUAGGUCUCUUUUGCCAAAAUAUUAACUUGUAGAGCUGAAGCCCAAAUAGACAACCAUUGUAUAGUUACACCGAACUGAAAUAACAGAGCUGAAUGGUGAAAAAUAAUCUAUGUAGCCGAUCUCAACGCAAGUUUGAUUGUUGUUGUUUGUGUUUUGAAA